AUUUAUUUAUCUCUAAAUCAGAUAAUGAACAUAUUAUAUGCAUCAAUGAUAUAUGUAAAAGUACACACAUGCGAUAAACACGUUUUACAUUUAUAUUUAUAAUUAAAAUCAUUUGCUUGUUGUUUAAAUUAAGUAUUACAUCCUGCUUCCUGCUUGAAGUUCUUCAAUCGGCCGCCAGGUGUCAGAGUUUUCACUUUCACUGAAGAACAUAAACAAACCUUCAGAGUCUAUUUACAGAUGAUAAUGAUAAAAAAAAUAAACCAAUUAUAGUCAUUCUAACACUAUAAUGCAAGCUCGUCUAUCACAUACAGCUGCGAUAAGACGCUCCGUCACAGCCGGUCAAGUGUGUGUGUGUGUGUGUGUGUGUGUGUGUGUGUGUGUGUGUGUGUGUGUGUGUGUGUGUGUGUGUGUGUGUGUGUGAAGGUAGGAGGCAGAGAGGUAGAGGAAGAGAGACAGAGGCAAGAGUGUGGAAGCGAGAAAGACCAGAAGAGCAAGACAGAGCAUGCCUGCUGCAGCUGAAUGAGUUUGUACCUUACCUUGCUUACAUUGUUGGACACAUCGUGACUUUCCCCUCCUUCCUUCAGACAUGGCUGGCAGACUCAAAAGGAGAGAGUUCAGUGGCUGAUUGGUUUUACAUUUCCAAUUCUCCUACAAGACAAAUCGCUCAAACCUGGUCCGCAAUGAGCGCGUCUGCAGGUACGGGAGUGUUCGUGCUCUCCCUGAUGUCCAUCCCCAUCUGCUAUUUAUUUAAUUCCCUCAUUUACAGCAACAGUGCUGAAGCCUUCCUAUUCGCUGGGUGUUCAACAGUCAUCAUCCUGGCCAUUUCAGUGAGUUGUAUGCUCAAGAAGAAGGCUCCAGCAGAUCCUCUUUUCUAUGCAGUCUAUGCAGUGUUUGCAUUCCUCAGUGUGGUGAAUCUGAUCAUCGGGCUGGAGCAGGACAACAUCAUUGAUGGAUUUGUGACGUUUUACCUCAGAGAGGCAAAUCCACACAUCAAUACAGCACAUGGGCACAUGAUCUCCUAUUGGGAUGGUUGUGUACAUUACCUCAUGUAUUUGCUCAUGAUUGCUGCAAUCACAUGGGGGGACAGUUACCGAGCCAUUGGACUCUACUGGGUGGGAUCUUUUCUCAUGCGUGCCAUAGUCUACAUUCUUGGGAAUGCUGUGGGGAAAUAUGGGACCCAAGUGACCCCUCUCUUCCUCCUCCACAUGUUAUAUAUCGCAGUGUCUGUGUGGGCCUGCUUCCGCGUCUUCAGCCAGCCCUCCACACGGGACGCUCAGUUGACUGACAUCCAGAGGGAUGGAAGAAAAGGUAUACUCCAAAGACCUCAAGACUUACUUUUCGUCAUCUACCUCAUCCCUGCUUUUGCUUUCUGUGUCUUCAGAGGCCUGGUUGUUCUGGACUAUUCCGGCAAAUGGUAUCAGGGCUACACGCAACAUUAUGAGCCUUACCUGAAAGACCCUUCAGCCUAUCCUAAAGUACAGAUGCUGGUGAGCAUGCUGUACUCCGGACCAUACUACAUCAUCACUCUCUACGGGCUGAUGGUGCCAGGAUGUGAGUGGAUGCCAGACCUGACUCUUGUACACUCGGGGGCACUGGCACAGGCACAGUUCACUCAUAUUGGCGCAUCUCUUCACACACGGACGCCAUUCUCCUACAGAGUCCCUGCAGAUGGCCAGUCUGUUUUCUUGCUUUUCAAUAUCCUGUAUGCUCUGGUGCCUCAGGCUCUGUGCUACCGCUGCUGCACCAAACCUGCCUUCUUCCUCAGACCAACGGCAGAUAAGAAGACUGAAUGACGGAAUGUGACAGCCAAGAAUGUCAAGGAUGCCUAAGUAAAAGGCUGAAGUACUUGCAAAGUACUGCUCUGUGUUUGCAGUUAUUAGCAGUUGCUAUUUUUGGAGAGGGAGAUGCCACCUUUGACCUUAAUGAGGGCUAAGUGGACAUAUUGGAAAGAUGACAAAAAUACUUAAAUGUCAAACAGAGUUUGUGCCAUCUAGCAUUUAUGUUUUGCUGCUUAUUUUGAAAAUGUGAACAUAUGAUACAUUUGAAUGGAAGUGUGUUUGUUUGUUUGAAGCAACAGGAAGGCCCUCACACAGUAACACAAUAAUGCUUUAAAACUUGUGUUUGGGAUUCAAACUACUUGACAAUAUUUACUGCUCGUAUAUGUAUAUUUUUUGGUAAUUUUUUGGUUACAAAAACUGCUUCCUUGUUGACACUGAGGUUUCUUUGCAGUGUC